UGUCCAGGUUAGCCUUGCUGGCAUUCCCAAGCUGGUCUCUGCAUGGCCCUCCACACAGCGAUCCCACCAGGACAAGGCUGAGCAAUGAGAUCUGGGGCUAAAGUGAGAGUUUGCCUCUGAUCCUGCUUGACAAAAGGGGAGGAGAGAAGGAAAAGCCAGAACGCACCUCCAUAUCCUAUUUCAGCCUGCCUUAAGUCACUCCACGAGCACAAUGAGUGGAAAAAACAGUCCAGAGGGUGAAGAAGGAGCCGGGAGGAUGAAGAGUGAGAGCUGGGGGCAGAGCAACGCUGUGGGAGAGGUCAGGAGGGGCCAAGUGAUCCUUGCUGCCUACCUGAUCGUAACCCUGGAGCUGACCUUUCUGUUCAUGCAGUUUGGAGUCAUGCCUUACUUGGCAAAGAACCUGGGUUUGGAUUCGGUGGGGUUUGGGUACCUUCAGACAAUCUUUGGUGUCCUCCAGCUCGUGGGAGGUCCUGUUUUUGGAAGGUUUGCAGAUCAGUUUGGCAACAGAGCUGCCUUAACUCUCUCCUGUGCAUCUGCGAGUGCCUUCUUUCUGCUCCUGUCCAUCUCCACCAGCAUCCCCAUCCUCUUUCUCUCCAGGCUACCAUCAGUGUUCAUGCAUGGGCUGCCAGGUGCUCAGAAGGUCAUCACAGAUCUGACAGCUCCUUCUGAACGUGCUGCUGCCUUGGGGAGGCUGGGCCUUUGCUUUGGAGUAGGAAUCAUCAUUGGCUCUGCCCUGGGAGGGGUCAUUUCCACCAAAUUUGGCGUUUUUGUUCCCAUGUAUUUGGGGCUGGUGGGAAGUCUCAUAAAUACCAUUAUAUCAAUAGUUUGGAUCCCCUCUCCAGCUAAGCCGAAGUCAGAACAACGUAAGACAGAAAACAGCAGUGUAUUCAGCGUCAGAGAAAUCCUACGCGUGAUGAAGUUUCCGGGAGUAAUGGAAAUCUUCUUAGUCAAGGUCCUUUCUGGACUUCCCAUAGUGCAUACUUGGCAUUGGCUGAGAUCAAUGAUGCCAGCUGGUCCUGCUCCCACCACUAGAGAGAGAACAGGCACCUCUAUGGACGGGUGGCUUGCCCAAAGUUUGUUCCUGAUUAUGUUUUCCAUCAUCUCAAUUGAGUUCUUUGGGUUGGAAGCAGUGGAGUCUGGAUACCUGAUGUCAUAUUUCGGUGUCCUUCAGAUGGUUGUCCAAGGCCUAGUGAUUGGAAAACUCACAAGCCUUUGCACGGAGCAGACCCUGCUCAAGCUUAGCAUCUUCAUCUUCGCUGGCGUGGGGCUGGGCAUGGCCCUGAUGAAGACCAUAUGGCAUUACUGCAUCAUCGUGGUGCCGCUGGUGUUUGCCUUUAACGUUCAGGGCACCAUCACUGACAGCAUUCUCACCAAGGCCGUGCCCUCCUCUGACACUGGGACCAUGCUGGGGAUCUGCGCCUCUGUCCAGCCCCUGACGAGGACGGUGGGCCCAACCCUCGGUGUCAUUCUGUACAAGCACUACGGAGUCUCCUCCUUUGGCUACUUGCAGCUCAUUGUCAAUCUCGGUUUGUUUGUUUAUCUCUUAAAGAGCAAAAACCCACUGAGAGAGACAAAAAGCCACUAAUUCUCGAAAGCUGCCACUUCUGUUUUUCCACCGAAAUAAAGAAAGGAACGUUGUUGUA